AAGAGAAACUAACAUUACACAAUGAAGAAUAACUCCAGAAUGCAGUUUUAUUUCUUUUUCUCUCAUUAAUUUGUUCACAGUUAUCCUUAAUACUGUGCUAAGUCCACACUGAUCACUGCAACGCAUGAGCUACGAUGUCUGGUAUGGAGGUUCCAGGGCCUGAUAAUGAUUGGAGGAGUCCAGGAUUUCGACAAAAAGUAGUGGCACAAAUCGAGGAAGCCAUGAGGAAAGCUGGAACAGCACAUAGCAAAUCCAGCAAUGACAUGGAGACUCAUGUGUUUACCAAGGCCAAGUCAAGAGAGGAGUACCUGUCCCUUGUUGCAAGGCUGAUAAUUCAUUUCAGAGAUAUCCAUAAAAAAGCACAAGGAGGACCAGAUCCAAUGAAUGCACUACAGACUCUAACAGGUGUAAGUGCUGGUGGUCCUGGUGCUGUUGGUAUGGGGCCUCGUCCUCCUGGAGCCCCAAUGGGUGGAAUGGGGACCAUGGGGCAGAUACAGAUGAGCCAACACGUCAUGCAGGGAGUUGCAGGAAACCAGCCUGGUGCUGCAGCAGGGCCAACGGGGCAGAUGCAGAUGCAGAUGGUGCAACAGCAGCAGCAGCAACAGCAGCAGUCCAUUCAGUUUCAGCAGUUCCAGGCGCAGCAGCAGACAACCAUGCAGGCACAGCCUCCCACGGCCAUGCAGCAGAAUGCCUUGCAGCAACAGCAGUUUCAGGCCCAGCAACUGAAGCUCCAGCAGCAGCUGCAGCAGCAACAACAGCAGCAACAGCAACAUCCAAGUCAAGCACUGCAACACCAGAACCAGCAGCAGCAAGCCCAGGCACAACAGCAACAGGCCCAGGCACAACAGCAGCAGCAACAGAACCAGUUGCACCCAUCCAGACUGCAACAGCAGCAACAGCAGCUAGUUCAGCUUCAGCAGCUACAGCAGCAGCAAGCCCAGGCCCAGGCCCAGGCCCAGGCUCAAGCCCAAGCCCAAGCCCAAGCCCAAGCCCAAGCCCAAGCCCAAGCCCAGGCCCAAGCCCAUGCACAGGCCCAGGCCCAGGCCCAGGCCCAGGCCCAGGCCCAGACAAUUCAGCAUCUUCAGCAGCAGCAACUACAGCAAGCUCAGGCCCAGCCGGGUCAGAUGCCACCCCACGGUCCGCAGAUUCUCGUUCCCCAAUCUCUGCCCGGACCAAUGCCCCCAGGACAGCAUCAGGCAAUCAGUUCACUCAGCCAACAGCAGCAGCAGCAGCAUCAACAGUUGAAGAUCCAGCAAGCAUUCCAGGCUAGAGUGUUACAGCAGCAGCAGCAGCAGCAGCAGCAGCAGCAACAAGCCCAGGCCCAGCAGGCGGCAGCCCAGGCCCAGCAGGCGGCAGCUCAGGCCCAGCAGGCGGCAGCUCAGGCCCAGCAGGUGGCAGCUCAGGCCCAGCUUGCAGCAGUGCCUGGACAGAUGAUGCCCCGUACUGGGAUGCAAAUUCCACCCCGGCUGCCUCGUACCACCCCGAACUCUGCCAUUCCUCAAAACCCUGCUGCCAUGGGAGGACAGCAAAUGCCACAGGCCCAGCAAAUGUCUUCACCCUCCCCAGUUCAGGUGCAGUCAGCCCAGCCUGCUAUGCCUCCCCCCCCUCAGCCGCAGCCCUCACCACAACCAUCCUCCUCACAGCCCAACUCAGUCAGCUCUGGACCCACCCCUUCCCCAGGAGGAUUUCAACCCAGUCCCUCUCCACAGCCUUCCCAGAGUCCAGCCACGGCACGCACCCCUCAGAACUACCCCCUUCAAGUGCCCUCUCCAGGACCUCUUAAUACCCCAGGCAACCCUAGCUCUGUGAUGAGUCCAGCAGGCUCUUCCCAGUCAGAGGACCAGCUGUAUAUGGACACACUCAAACAGCUCUCCAAAUACAUAGAACCACUGCGAAGGAUGAUUAAUAAAAUUGACAAAAAUGAAGAUAGGAAGAAGGACUUGAGUAAGAUGAAAAGCCUGCUGAAUAUUCUCACUGAUCCCAACACAAGAUGUCCCCUCAAAACACUACAGAAGUGUGAAAUAGCCUUGGAGAAACUCAAGAAUGAUAUGGCAGUGCCUACUCCACCUCCUCCCCCAGUGCCUUGUACAAAAAAGCAGUAUCUGUGCCAGCCCCUCCUGGAUGCUGUCUUGGCAAACAUCCGCUCACCGGUUUUCAACCAUUCUCUUUAUCGAACAUUUGCUCCUGCUAUGACAGCCAUACAUGGACCUCCAAUCAUAGGACCCAUAAUUCCAACUCGUAAGAGAAAGUAUGAAGAGGAUGAUCGUCAGACCAUCCCAAACAUACUGCAAGGUGAGGUAGCACGCCUCAGUUCCAAAUUUCUGGUCAACCUGGACCCAUCUUUCUGCAGCAAUAAUGGGACAGUGCACCUCAUCUGCAAACUGGAUGAUAAAAAUCUCCCCAGUGUUCCUCCUCUGCAACUAAGCAUUCCAGCAGACUACCCUGAUCAGAGCCCUCAAUGGGAUAAUGAUAGUCAGCAGUAUGAAGCCAACCCCUUUUUGCAAACUGUGCAUAAGACCAUGACCUCCAAACUCCUUCAGCUUCCUGACAAGCACUCUGUCACAGCCCUGCUUAACACUUGGGCUCAGAGUGUGAGGCAAACAUGCCUCUCUGCAGCGUAGGUAUGGCAUUUUCCCCACCAACGGUUUGUUCAGACUAUAAUGUCCUUUCCUGAUAUAGCUACUCAUAGCCAGUGCACUUUGUUGUAUGAAUAUGAUGAGGGGAAUAAGAUUGGGGGGGGGGGGGGGGUUGCAUUUGAAUCAGUAGAGAAUUGUUUAGUCAUAAAAAUUGUCGAUGUCCAUGUCUUGCUUUUAAUUUACACAAAUAAAUAUUUUCUGCUUCACUCCA